AUGACUUCAGCUUCUCCUCGAGCUUCUUCUUCUUCAAAGACUGUGUUUCCUCGGAAAGUUUCUUCAAUUGCAUUUGCUAUUGGUGGAUUGGCUUCUUUCGUCAUCUUCGCUUCUCUCCUUCUUUUCACGCAUCCCAUUGGUUCCUCCGUUACUGGCUAUUUCUACGGAUACGAGACCACUCAACAUGUCGUCCAGUUUCACCAUAGCACCGACCUUGACUCUUCUCAUCAAAACCCAUCUCCUGAUUCUACCUCUGACUCACCGCCAUUGACACAAGAUAGUCAGGAUAAACUGCUUCCGAUCUCUUCCCAGGAUUCGACCGAUGUUAGAUUAGGUGAAGAAACAAACUCAGGAAGGUCCUCAAAUGUUUCCAUGGAUGAAGAAGCUACACGAGAUUCAAUUGAAACAGAAUGUGAUCUGUAUCAUGGUAGCUGGGUUUAUGAUCCAAGAGGACCGUUGUACACGAACAACUCUUGCCCUCUUCUGACACAGAUGCAAAACUGCCAGGGGAAUGGAAGACCUGAUAAGGGCUAUGAGAACUGGAGAUGGAAACCGUCUCAGUGUGACCUUCCACGGUUUGAUGCCAAGAAGUUUCUCGAGCUAAUGAGAGGCAAGACAUUAGCUUUUAUAGGUGAUUCAGUAGCUCGUAAUCAGAUGGAGUCCAUGAUGUGCCUUCUUUGGCAGGUAGAAACUCCGGUCAACCGUGGGAACCGAAAGAUGCAGAGAUGGCAUUUCAGGUCAUCAUCGGUAAUGAUAGCCCGGAUGUGGUCAUCUUGGCUCGUCCAUCAGUUCAACGAACCAUUUGGUUUUGCGCCAGAAGGUGUAACCAAACUCAAGCUCGACCAACCCGACGAGCGCAUAAUGGAAGCUCUUCCGAAUUUUGACGUGGUUGUACUUUCAUCGGGUCACUGGUUCGCAAAACAAUCUGUCUACAUUUUAAAUGACGAGAUCGUUGGAGGCCAGUUAUGGUGGCCGGACAAAUCAAAACCCGCAAAGGUCAACAACGUCGAAGCAUUUGGGAUCUCUGUAGAAACAAUCAUGAGGGCAAUGGCUAAACACCCGAACUACACGGGUCUGACCAUAUUGCGGACUUGGUCGCCUGAUCAUUAUGAAGGCGGUGCAUGGAACACUGGUGGAUCGUGUACAGGUAAAGUAGAACCGCUCUCUCCCGGGAAGUUAGUUAAAAACGGUUUCACAGAGAUAAUGCACGAGAAGCAAGCAACGGGUUUUCACCGAGCUGUGGCGGAUGAUGGACUCGGCAAUAGAUCGAAGAAGCUGAAGCUAAUGGAUAUCACUGAGGCUUUCGGAUAUCGCCAUGACGGUCAUCCUGGUCCGUACAGGAGUCCCGACCCGAAAAAAAUCACGAAACGUGGACCGGAUGGUCAGCCUCCGCCACAAGACUGCUUGCACUGGUGCAUGCCGGGGCCGGUGGACACGUGGAACGAGAUGGUGCUGGAGAUUAUAAGGAGAGAUUUGGAAGGUAGAUGA